CGAACAAACAAACACCGCACGUCUCCAAGCUCUAAGACUGGACACACAUCCUUUGCUCGCCCUGAAGCAGCGAACUCCAGUUACAAUAUCUCACGCCUAUAGCCACAAGUUCACGCUUCGAUAUCAGAACACACCAGCCAUGUCGACGUCACAGUCACCAAACGAACCACCACCGACCUACGAGGCCGCCACCGCCUCCUCAGCAGCACCUACUCAAGGUAUUAAUCGUGUAUCCACGGAUGGUCCCGCCGCCCGCACAGAACGCAAUGGCAUCCCACCCGAGCGACGGCGGUCUAUGGAAGAUGAGAUGCGCGAACUCCCUCCAGGCUGGGUGCGUUCGUUUGACCCUCAGUCUCAGCAUCAAUUCUUCGUAGAUACACGAACUAACCCACCGCGCUCAACAUGGGUACAUCCCUACGAUGACGACGAAUACCUCAGCACACUAAGUCCAGAGGAACGCAAAAGAUACACGAGGAUGAAGAGGACAAUGACAUUAGAGGACCUAGCGGCAGAGGAUUCAGACGACGAGGGCACACAAUCACACCAACCGACGCGAGGGAAAGCGGUAGGCGCUACCUCUGGGUCGAGCACUGAGCCACAACCUACUGGUCUUCAUAAGUUCUCGCGCAAGUUGAAAGACAAGGUUACAGGCCAAACGCACACCGAACGUGAACAAGCCCGCACUCGACGCGCCGAAGAAGAACGCCAAGCCUACAUAGCACACUUGCGCGCUCGGCAGGCACUCAUUAAGGCGAUCGAGACAGGUCAACCGCAAUUUCUCUGCAAAGACCGGCAGGGUCGAGACGUAUACAUCGAACCACCACAUGGACCUUACGCACCUAGGGGGGCAUAUGGAUACAACCCGUAUGGCCAUUCCAGCCAAUAUCAGAAUCCCAAUGUGAGGUAUAUGAGACCGGCCGGACCGUAUGGGAGGCCAUAUGGUUAUGGAUAUGGUGGCGGUGCGGGGCUGCCGAUAGCUGCUGGUCUACUAGGCGGUACGCUGCUGGGUGGCGCGCUAUUCUAGGAGUUCUAUUUUGAGAGGAGCAAUGAAUAACCGUGGGCCGUAACACAAAGAUGACUUUAACCAAAUGGCGCAGGAACACGAUACCUUUUGGGUUUGCACAAAGACAGGCAUCUCCCUCUUCUAAUGAUGAAUUUCCUCAUCGUCUAUAAUUCCCCUAGAUAUCCCAGAAGUACUUCAUCAACGAGUUAAAAUUAACAUUAAUAUUACGAACUAUCCCUCA